GACGGAGAGAUGCGCCUUUAAUUCUGCUGAUUCAAAAGACAGCGACUUAGGGAGGCUGUUUACCACAGGAGACAGCAAACUAAACUGGAGAUUGCAGUAAGUGAUGUCAUCCAAUGAGAGCUCCGAAACCCAAUACGGGUCAGAGGUCAGAGGUUCCAACUCCACCUGCUGCCAUAAGGAGCUGUCUGUCACUGCAUCCGUCAUCUCCAUGACUGUGGGCAUCUUCUCCAACAGCUUUGCUCUCUUCAUUCUGAUCAAAUCCUACAGCCGCCACCGCAUCAAGUCCAAGGCGUCCUUCCUGCUGUUUGCCAGCAGCCUGGUGACCACUGACCUGCUGGGUCACCUCAUCAACGGCUCCCUGGUGCUGCACGUCUACCGCUUUCACAGGAAGUGGGACACUUUUGACCCGCAUGGCAUCGUCUGCAGCAUCUUCGGGGUGUGCAUGGUGUUCUACGGCCUGAGCCCCUUGUUCCUCUCGAGUGCAAUGGCCGUGGAGCGCUUCAUCGGCGUAACCAAGCCCAUCUUCCACUCGGCAGUGUUGUCCUCGCACCUCAUGAAGAGGCUGCUCGGUUUCACCUGGCUGCUCGCCGCUCUGGUGGCGUUGCUGCCUGUGCUGCUGAGGAGACCCUAUGAGGUUCAGAGGUCCAGGAGCUGGUGCUUCUUCCACAUGGAGCAGCCCAGAGACUGGCUAGAUGUGCUGCUGCCUCUGAUCUUCUCCAUUCUGGGUCUACUGGCUCUUCUGCUCUCCAUCGUGUGCAACACUCUGGCGAGCUGCGCCCUGCUGCACGGCAGGCUGCGCCACAAACCCGGCAGCAGAGGCACGUCCUACCACCUGGAGAUGAUCUGCCAGCUGCUGGCUAUCAUGCUAGUGUCCUGCGUGUGCUGGGGGCCAUUACUGGUCCACGUGAUCAUUCUCAGCACCAUAGCUGAAGAUGAACCGUCCAGUUUCAGUCUGCUGACGACGGUACGGAUGGCCACAUGGAACCAGAUCUUGGACCCCUGGGUCUACAUCCUUUUGAGGAAGGCCGUCCUGAGGAAAAUCUUCAUGUUGUUUCACAGCUGCUGGGGCUCAAAGCUGCACACCUUCCACCGCUGGCAGCGCAGCACGCUCGGCAGCUCGGGGGAGCCAAGCAAAUCUUACUGCAUCCGCUACAGCAGACAGCCCCUGCCAGACACCACCGUCCAAACCAUCACCUGAACUCUGGCCAGAAAGGUUUUAUCUGAAGAGAAAACAGGACCAGGAUGUGGAAGAAUUCACAUGUCACUGGUUGACUACGCAAGCGGCAGUGCAGUUCUGCUCUGAAUGACGUUGCAUUUUAACAUCACAUUGAGAAUCGUCUUUGCUCCAUAAGUGGCCCAGAACAAAACUGUCUGAAAUUUUUAAUGCUUAGGAGACAUUUUGGAGGAUUAUUUCCACCAUUUGUUGUUUUAGUGAAGCUUAGUGUCUCUGUUUUGAGUGCAGCUCCAGAGUAUCGUACCACUUUGACGUGAAAUGUGAAUGAAUGAUUUCAGCAUAGGACCGUACAUGCAUGGCAACAACAACCACUGAUGUAAUUUGAUCAAUAUUGACCUUGUUUUUGAUUCAAACAUUUUGGAUGUGAACAUUUCUGCUUAACUCCAUUACACAGAAACAUUAUUUCAAACUCCUGCAGCUGAUUGAUGUAAGAUGGCUGAGAGUUUUUGUUUUGACCUUUCAUUGUAAAUGGCUCCUGCUAUUGAAGCAGUACUAAAAUACAGUCGUGCAAACUAUUUAGAGUGGUGGUUUCUCGCUAGAUGAGAGAAAUGUCGGUAAUUGAGCUAAUAGAGCCCCACAGAACAAAUCUCUCCCACUUCUCUAGCGUAUUUUCACAAAAGAAAUGGUUGAUUUUUGGGCAAAAUGUUUUCAACGACUUACAAAUAUUAAACUAAUGUUAUGUCAUUAUGUUAGUGUGAUAGU